AUGAUGCGAAAGAAAGUUACCUACACCAACAUCACCUCCAUACCCUCAUUUAUCCCCCGCCAGCUCGCCAUCGACAUCCUCCACAGCCACGGCGAAAUCAUAGAGCUGAACCCCCUCGUUCUAGGCUAUGAAGCCAUCAAGGCGCCUCGCGAUGCCCCCGCCGACGAGUUCUACUCCACCUGGUACGAAAUUUCUGAGAAGAUUCAGUACAUUCCAGGCAUAGGAAAGCUGGGAUCGGGCAACAUCAAAUUCAAGGGCUGCUUCCAUGACAUGCCCUGGGGCCUGCAGACCCACAUCUACGCACCCGCCAACGUCGACCUGCGCAACAAAUGGCAAAUCUGUGGCAACCAGCCCGGCGAACCCCCAGAGCAGCGCGAAAUGGGAAUCGGCGCACCCCCGGAAGGUCUCUACCUGCGCGAAGAUAUCGAGAUUAAGUGCAACGUCGCCAUGGCCAGUUUCGUGAAGAAGGAGACCAAGGCAGCUUCCAAAAUCCUCGUCGAGCGCUUGAUCAAGAAGGCCGAAUUACUGGACGCCGGUGUACUGAGCGCCAUGAUGGAGAAUGGAAGGCUGAAGACGGUCAACCCAGCAGAUCGCUCAUCCACCCGACCGAACCCCAACUCGCCUCAACCCUCACCCAAGGCGCCCUACAAUAUGCCCAUGUCUCCAACGCGCCAGUCCGUAUUCCCUGCGAACGCUAUGGGAGGCCAGCAGUACCCAAAUCAGCCCAACGAGGUCGUCAUGGAGCUACCGGGCGAUUUCUACCAUGCUCCGCCUCAGCCCUCCCCUGGUCUCCUUGCGCCGAACGACAGGCGACUCUCCAAUGCUUCCGAGCUCUCCGGCGGCUCUCCCCAACCUUCGGAUGGCAGGUGGUCGCAAACAUCCAACGACUACCAGAGCUCCGUCGGUUCGCGACCCAGUUCGUACGCUUCAGACGGCAUGCGUUCGCCGGGACUCGAGCAGAAGGGUUUUGCGACAGAAUUGCCGACUAUGGAAGAGACAAGGGAAGAGCACGAGGAUGCGCGAAGGAGGCUCGAGGGUAACCAGUACCCUGAUGAUCGCAAGUACAAAUACAAUCCGCAGGAUUUCAUCAAUACUCAACAGCAAUAUGUACAACAA